AUGGACAAGAACGGUCGCUUGAUGAUAGGAGCUCCACCAGAUAGUAUUGCUACUCCUCAAGAGAGCGGAUGGAUGAACGGUGAGGUGUUCUUCCAAUGGUUGCAACAUUUUAAACAACAUGUUCAGCCAACAGAAACAAAUCCUGUCCUCUUAAUUUUGGAUGGCCACGCUAGUCAUAAGGAGCUGGCAGUUAUAAAAUAUGCACGAAAUCAUCACAUUCAUAUGCUGAGCACACCACCUCAUACAACUCAUAAAUUACAGCCGAUGGACAGGACAUUUUUUAAACCUUUUAAGUCUGCAUUUGCAACUGCAAGUUCAGCAUGGAUGAGGCGAAAUCCUGCAGCUAGAAUCACUGACUAUGAUAUUGCUGCACUUGUGGACGAAGCCUUUAGCAGAGCAGCAUGGUUGGAUAUAGCACAAAACGGAUUCAAGUGCACAGGAAUUUAUCCAUUUAACCCUGAAAUCUUUACUGACAUUGAUUUUUUACCAUCAAUGAUGACAGAUGUGAUGCAAGAAGUUUCUUCCAAAGAAAAUAUGGCUAAUCAGUUCUCAGUAGCACAUUCUUCGCCAGUGCCCUCCACUAGUCAUGCAUUACCUGCAAAUGAACCGGAGUCUUCAACCAGCUCAACAGAUAUAUUGAAACAGCUAUCACCAUUUCCUGACGCAUCGAAAAAACGGUCGUUAAAGCGGGCUCGAAAAACUCAAAGGAGCGAGAUUAUAACAUCAUCACCUUACAAAAAAGAUGUAGAGGAAAAACAAAAAAGUAGAGACAGAAAACCUAAAAAACAAAAAAGUAAAGGCACUAAAAAGAUGUUAAAAACAACUAAAAAUAUUCAAAGUCUUUCCAAAGAAAAUGGAGAGGAAGAGAUCGAAUGCAUCAUAUGUGGAGAAACAUUUGAAGAGGACUGGAUUCAGUGCCAGGAAUGCAAAAACUGGGCCCAUGAAGACUGUGUUUACAUAGAUUCUUCGGAUGUUUAUUUUAAUUGUGAUGUUUGUAAGGCCAAAAAACGAUUAGGCCAGUAUUGA